GGAGUUGGUAUCAAAGAAUACACGUGAGAAAAAGGUUGGUAUAAAAGUAAUUUAAGCGAUACUCAGAUUUUGGGUUGAUAAAUGAAAAUUUCCCACGCAUCAACGCGCGUCAAUUCCAUUAGGCCCAGCCUACUGCCCUCCCCAACCCUAAUUUCUCUCAAACUCACGCCCCCCAAUCUCCCCAUUCCUCUUCCUCUUCCUCAAUCUCUGGCUUAACUUUUAUCCAGCUAUAACCCUUCUAGCAGCCGUCCGCCGUCUGCCGUCGCCGUCGCCGUCGUUCUAGCCAUCGCGCGUCGCAGUCCCUUCGGCCAAAGGCGCCGUAGCAGUCGUCGUACUCGUUGGCCUGUGCUUCCUCUCGCAGGAUUUGCCUUCACUCUGUAAGGAUGAUAUCUGCUGACAUUGUGGACUUGUCAAGUGAUGAUGAGGAAGGACCAGACCUGAAAGCCAUUAAGUUGGAGCCAAAAGUUGACAGGGCUGUGAUGCUACUAAAAGAGCAUGAGAAGAAGGUUAUCAUCAAACAUGAAAAACUAAAUACUGAGUCUGGUUGUCAACAAUUUGAUGGAAAUAGGUGCUCCAAUGUUUUGAGUGCUGGUCAUAGCUGCUCUAGUAUAUUGGAUCAGGUGUUAUCUCCUGCUGAUGAUUCUGGCCUUACUUCCCCAUCUCCAUUGUGUCCUGCACCAGUUUGUCGGCAAUUUUGGAAAGCUGGUAACUACGAUGAUGGAGUUGCUUCUAAAGCCACUGUUCAAAGUUCCAAAGGAUAUCUCCAUGUCCACCCUAUGUUCCUUCAUUCAAAUGCUACUUCACAUAAAUGGACCUUUGGAGCUAUUGCAGAGUUGCUUGAUAACGCUGUUGAUGAGAUCCACAACGGAGCCACCUUUGUCAAGGUGGAUAAAAUAUUGAAUGCAAGAGAUGGAAACCCUGCUUUGUUAAUUCAAGACGAUGGAGGUGGAAUGAAUCCUGAAGCGAUGAGGAAGUGUAUGAGUUUUGGAUUUUCAGAUAAGAAGUCAAAAUCAGCAAUCGGAAAAUAUGGAAAUGGUUUCAAAACCAGCACUAUGAGACUUGGUGCAGAUGUUAUUGUCUUCAGUCGGCAUGUGAAUAAUAGGGUAUCAACGCAGAGUAUUGGUCUUCUAUCCUAUACAUUUUUGACCCGUUCAGGCUACAACAGAAUUGUAGUGCCUAUGGUAGAUUAUGAAUAUAACAUAUCAAGUGGCAAACUGGAAAUAUUGCAUGGGAGGGAACAUUUUGCGUCCAACCUUUCCAUACUUUUGCAGUGGUCUCCAUACUCAACAGAGGCUGAACUUCUUAAGCAAUUUGAUGACAUUGGAUCACAUGGCACAAAAGUAAUAAUCUAUAAUUUGUGGUAUAACGGAGACCAGAAUAUGGAGCUGGACUUUGAUACAGAUCCAGAGGACAUUUGCAUUGGCGGACAUACAAAAAAAAUUGACGCUCUUUCUGCACGGAAGGCAGUUAAUGAACAGCACAUUGCUAAUAGAUUGCAAUAUUCUCUCCGUGAAUAUUUAUCAGUCUUGUAUUUGCGGAUAUCUGAAAAUUUCAAAAUUGUAUUGCGUGGACGGGUUAUUCAGCAUCAUAAUCUUGCUGAUGAUCUCAAAUUCAUCGAAUACAUUUUGUAUAAGCCUCAAACUGCUGGAUGUGUCGAGGGUAUGGUAGUUACUACAAUUGGGUUUCUGAAGGAGGCCCCACAUGUCGAUAUACACGGUUUUAAUGUGUACCACAAAAAUCGUUUGAUUAUGCCAUUUUGGAGGGUUGUGAGCUAUUCAGACGGUAGAGCAAGAGGAGUUGUUGGUGUUCUCGAAGCAAAUUUUAUUGAGCCAACACAUAAUAAACAAGAUUUUGAGAGAACAUCUCUUUUCCAGAAACUCGAAACUCGUUUGAAGGAGAUGACUAGGGAAUAUUGGGAUUAUCAUUGCGGACUCAUUGGGUAUCAGGUUAAGAAACAUAUUCAGGUUUCUGCAACCUCAGCGAUGCCAUCCAACAUCACGGUACCUGCUGGAAUAGAGAAUUCUCACAAAUCGACACAAUGCUUUCCAGUUCCAGUUGGUAAAAUAGGAUCUCACGGGAGAUCUGAACAAUCUAUACCCAAGUCACAGGGUAAAUCUAGAGAAGGAGUAUGUAUGAAGAGAAAGGCAGAUGCUUUGGUAGAAGAUGGACAGUCUGUCCAUACUAUUCAACCGAAAGAUCAACAGGCUAUGAUUUUGUUGGAACAAAAUAAGAAGCUUCGGACACAAUGUUCAGAGUAUGAAAAGCGGGAGGAAGAACUUAAUCUCAAGGUCACACGACUUAGGAGCGAUAUACAAGAAGUAGAACUCCAGAUCUCGCGACUGUUGGAUGAGCUCAAAUUAUUUGAAGCAGUCAAGGUUGAAGGCAUUGUAUAAAUUUUGUAUAUUCUGCUGGUCCUUUCUUUUUUUGAAAGAAGUUUUUUAUCCCCUUGGAUAGAACAACAACAACAAACAUGACCCUGUAGCUGAAACCAGAAAUAUUUCAACAGUUCCCAUAGAAGGCCGACCCUUUUUCUCAGUCAGCAACAUGACCCCUUUGGUUUUGCCCCAAGCUUUAAACUAGUUUCCUAGGAUAUGUGUUUUGCCCCCUUUUGUGUCGGUUCCUGUGGCGGAAAAUUUCCCACUUGUACAGAAAUACAUACCCUCCUUGUAAUAUGACUGAAAAUACUAACAUUCAUGUUAGUUAUUAGUGUUUCUCGUAUAUAAAAUAUGCAUUGUUUAAA